CGAAGGAGGAGAACGGAGAGGGGAAAAAAUGCAGCUCGGACAUUCCCGGCGAGAAAUACAGCGAGUGUGGAAGUGGAAGGGAAGAGAGGAGAUCUGCUUCUUACGCGCUGAAAUCGUACAGUAUUAAAGCAAAGCUUUAAAGGGGAAACGAACAUAUGAAAUAAAGGAGUUACAGCUUGGUUAUUUUAACUGAGAGGUGGAGAAAGUUUUGCGGAGAAUGCGUAGAGGAAGCGAAUCCAGGAAAGGAGCUGAGGACUAUGUAGGAAUUCCUGACUGAAGUCAUGGGUUCGGAGGCAAUGGAGGACUGUGUGCAGGGGGCGCUCUCAUCACUUUAUCCUCCUUUUGAGAGUACAGCCCCACCCCUCCUCUCCCAGGUCUUCUCAGUCUUGGAGUCAACCUAUCAACAUGACAGUCUUCGCUAUCUCCUGGACUACUUCGUACCUGCAAAGCACCUCCUGCACAAACUCCAGCAGCAUGCCUGUUCUCAGUACCUGGGUUGCUUGUUCCUUCACUCCGGCUGGCCUCUCUGCCUGGGCGAAAAAGUGGUAGUCCAACUUUCCACUUUGGACUGGAGGCUUCUGCGCAGUAAUGACUUCUACCUGCAGGUGGUGCCCUUCUCUACACGUUGCCCAAGGCUGGCACUAAAAUGUCUGGCCCCUGGGGGGCGCACUGUUCAGGAGAUUUUGGUGCCUGAAUCACAGCACCCCCUUGUCUUCACCACUGAGUGGCUUCACAUUGUCAACAAAGAGAGAGGUCACAAGAGAGAAGUUGGAGGAGGACUUGACACCUGUCUGGUCAGUACAUGUGAUGGUGUGGUUAGACUUCCAUGGAAGGAGGUAGUCUACCCAAAAUUUAUCCACGACCCCUCUGAGGAACUGGGCCUAAUGUCAAACCGCCUGCCUAGCGAGGGGGGUAGUAGCCUCGGAGGUUGGGGUGGCUCAUCCUCUGGGGAAUUAGACUCCUGGUCCUGGGAUGAAGAAGAAGAUGAGGAUUUGCCACCGGAUGGUUUGGACUCUGACUGUGUACUCCCACGACGAAGGCGCAGUGAAGAUGGCCUUGGGCGGACAUCGAGGCAAUCUCAGUUCGACGGAGAUUAUGUCGAGCUUUUGGAACCCAGAGGAGGUCCUGAUGGAGGGGUUGAUCCAAGGCAGAGGUACCAAGAGAUGCAUGGGAUCUGUAAAACCAAGACUUUACCUCUAUGCAGGAGAGGUAAGGCCAUCAAGCUUCGCAAAGGAAAGGCCUGGGGAUAUGGGAGAACAGAAAGGUCAGGAAGCUUUCGUUCUAUCCUUGGCAUCAAAGGAGAUGCUGUAACUGCCAAGGGUGAUGCAUUACCGCCACGGCCUCCACCAGGGGUUGCUGAACCUGACCGAGGGAGGCGAUCUUACUCCUCCUCAGUCCAUGACUCUGAUGACGGAGAUAAAAUAAACAGAGAGUCUGAAGGACUAGAAAGCCUUUGUUUCGAUGGCCCGUUCAAGGAGAGGAGACCUGGAGUGGGCAGGGAGAGAGAUAGCAAUGGUCAAACACAGCUAUGCAAAGACGAGCCCAAAAGUAAAGACUCCAAGAGCAAUAUCAGCUUUGACACAAGUGAAAUCCAUGAAUUAGCAAACCACAAAGAUGGACAUGUUGUAGAGGGCCACUCUGAUCAUGGAUCUCAUUCAGACUCUGUUUUUGAGGAUACUGAUAAACCACCGAGCGGAGACAGUGAUGCUACUACCCCAACAUCAGUUGCAAGACAGAGACCAUUCACUGCUGCUUCAAAAAGUGGUGAGAUUACUAACACUGGGUCUAAAAAGAAGAGUUUAUCAAACCCAAAACUCACAGACGAAAGGGAUGAAGGAAAGCUGGAGGACAGAGUGUGCCCAAGAGGAAAAGAAGUUAAAACAGCAGGAUUCAGAGCACCACGGAGGAAAAGGAAGGGAAAGGGGGCCAAAGGGAAAGCUAAAUCUGGGGGUCGUGUAAAAGAGAAGGGCUCGAAAAUGCAGGGUAAAACUCCUCAACCAAGCCCCACCUCAUGCACUGCUUCAAUCAAGCUGCCAAUCACCGAGGAGAGCCAGUCGGAGCAAGCAGAACAGGCUGACCAGUCUGACGGUGUGUCUUCUUCAACUAACAAGGCGACAGAGAACGCAGUGAAAAGCAGCGCAGAAGCUGAAUCAUCUUUGCCUGUGUGUAAUGGACAGUCAAGCACAUCAUUUUUUAACCACUCUAAUGAGGAGGCUGCAUCACCUGACAAACAGAAUGGUGUUACAUCAAAAAAGCCUGCCCUGCUGAGGGAACUGAAUGCAGCCCUUCUCCAGUCAGGGAAGCUCAAGAUGACAGGUACAGUGGACAGGCUGGGGCGGGCUCUGGUUUUCACAGAGAUGGACGCAUCAGAAGAGGGUUUCUCUGAGGAGGAGACGGCCCAUGUCUUGGCCUGCUACCACACAAUCACUCAGCCUGCAGCCAAAGAAAAGGGUUUAACUGUGUUAAUGGACAGCAGACGUGCUCCACCCUCCGCUCUGUUAGCUUCUGCACUUAAAUUGUUCCAGGUGUUGGUCCCCGGCGGUCUUGGAUCUGUUCUGGUUUUGGUGGAAGAGCAGCAGGAGUCCCUUUCUCAGACCCUGGAAGGAGCAGAGGUCCACAUAGUGCGAGGAACAGGGGUUCUUCAGCAAUACAUAGACAAGCAACAGCUACCCAAAGAAGUGGAUGGAGACUUUAUCCACUGCCACUCAGAGUGGCUGUCCUUCAGACUGAGUCUGGAGAGUCUGACAGAGCGCUGUGAGAGCGCACUCUCGCUGCUAGGAGAAGCACUGCAGUCUAUGGACACUGAGCCGAUGCCAGACAACAUAAAGGCUGUUCCUCUGAGCAUUGACAAACACAGACAGCUCAUGGCGAGCGUCCUGGCUGACCAACGGUUAACUGAAGUGCAGCAGAGGGGCGGAGCCUGGCUUGCUGGAUUGACAAACAGGGCGUCUGGACUGGCACAAAAGUCACCAGACUGCAGGGCUGCUCUUGCUGCAACCUCCAAACUGUAUGACAGCGUGGACGAUGCACUGCAUCGGCUCGUCCGAGUGUCCAACCAAAGAGGUCGUGACCUGGAGGCUCUGGGACGUCUAGCGGGGUUGGUGGACAAACUGGAAAAGUGUGAUAAAGAGAUUGAGCGAGUUCAGUCACAGCUGGAGGACUACAAGGACCCUCCUCUCUCGCUCAGCAGACUCUCACUCAAACAGCAGAAGUUCAAGACAUUCAGAGAAAUGGCGAAUGAGCUGCACAGUGAGACGUUGUCAGUGCUCAGUAAUUUGGAGGGUUGGUGUGAACUGGACUGGGCAGGCCUGAGUGACGUCCAGAUCCGACUCCCUCCAGUCAGGGAAAAGCUAAGGGAUAUGUCCCACUGUCUGUCUGACUGCUGGACCACUCUAGACAACACACAGAGGUUGUUGUCUACUCUGACUGAGGCCACCCAGUGGUGCGAUGCAGUCUCCUCCACUUCCUCUUCACCCUCUCCACCUUCUUCUACCUGCCCCCUCGCCUCCCUCCCUCCAAUCCCCCCGUCCCGUUUUCAGGAUGCACGUUCUUUAGCUAUAGAGCUGGGUGGUGGGGCACUCCUGGAUCUCUGGACCCAGACAGUUGAGCGCUACCAACGAACCGUAGCACAGGUCAAACCUCGAUUCCUCCAGUCUGACAGGACACAAAAUCAGGGACAUGGGAAAUCCAAAACACCCUCUGCCAGCAGCCUGUGGGACCUGAUGGGCCCUGAGGGAGAGGGUGACUCCUGGGGGCUGGGAGCUGGAGGAGGGGAAGGGGGAAUGCAGUCCUGGGGAUCCCUAGCAUCACUGUUCAGGCCGCAGACAUGCUCCACGCUGAAGAUAGGAGAGGAGAAAGGGAAUAAGAAAGAGGCAACAGCAGGAGGAAGUGGUGCUGGAGUAGGUGGGGCUGGAGGAGGGAAGUUCCUGCAGAACCUUCUGAAUCCUGCAAAGAAGAGUCCCACAGAGACUCCUCUUCCUUCCAAGCCACCUCGGAAGCGUCACCCAAGCUUUGACCUCCAGGCUCUCCUGGCCCCCCGUAGAGGUACUGCCACCCCCAAACCCACUGAGUCCUCAGUGGCUGGGGCAACCCGUAACUCCCCCAUGUCCUGGCUGGGACGACGGGCAUUAGCUGACCCAGUCAUCACUACUAGCAUGGCAGCAGCUAUCCCAGGAUGGGGCAGUGGCGGAAGCGGCGGAGGUGGAGGGGUGCUGAUCCGAGGAGUGGAGGUCAGCAGCAAGGAGGUGGUGGAUCACACAGGGUCACCGCGGCAGCAUGUUCUGCUGGGCAGGACUGACAGGGAGACGGGGACGGAUAGGGCGGGUUCAACUGCUCAGAGUAAGCUGUACCUGCUUUGGUGUAGGAUGCUGAGUUCGGAGAGGCAGUACGUGACUGUGCUAAAGGGCGUAGAGGAGACAUACCUCCCCUUACUGGAGCUGUCAGACACUCCAGCUUCCAUCAAAGGGAAGGCAGACUUGCUCUUUCCCAGCUGGGCCAGCCUCACCACCUUUCACUCACAGAACCUACUCCCUGCCAUGGAGGGCGCUCUUGUGCAAAGCUUGUUGCAACAGGACUGCUUCAGCAAAUUUCGGGACCAGUUUCUGCAGUAUUCCCAAUACAUUAGGACCAAACCAGAUCUGGAUUCUCCACCGGUCACACAAGCCGCUGACUUUUUUAAGUCCAAACUUCCCCAAGCCUCCCCCCUCUCCCCUCUGGCCUUUCCUCACUGUCUUCAGGCUCCCAUUCAGAGGCUGGAGCAGUACUGUGAGGCCCUAGAGGAACUGGGGGGCAUAAAUCCCGCCUCUGACUCGGCCCUCUCCAUCCUGAGACACGCCCAGCGGCACGGCGAGGACCUCAGGGCCAGUGACCUCAUCGUUGGAUGUCCGAUCCAUGUGACGGAGCGUGGCGAGCUGGUGCGGCAGGGCGAGCUGACGGUGUGCAGUGGAACUCGGAGGAAGCGGGCGGGCGUGAGGAACGUUUUCCUUUAUCAGCACGUCGUAAUCUUCACCAAACAGAAGAGUCCCAGCCCGGGACGCACCGCCUACAGUUACAAACACAGCAUCAAGACAAGUGAGAUGGGUCUGACUCAGAGUGUCGGUGAAGAGGGAGUGAAGUUUGAGGUGUGGGUCCGACAGGCUCCGAGGACCAGAGACUGCAUCACCCUGCAAGCACGUGACAGGGAAGACCGAGAGACCUGGACUCAUGACAUUGCCCAUCUGCUGUGGACACAUGCCAUCAACAACACAGAGUUGUGUUUGAAGGAGUCCCUCUGUAUGGGAGUUUCCAGUAAGCUUCUGCUGGAUGCAACAGGAACUCCAGUCUCAGAGCUGGACUCCAUCUACAGUCUGACUGACAGAAUCCACAGUAGUUGUUCAGACUCCUCUUCUGUUGGGAGUCAGAAGGAGGGGGGCUCUCCGGCGUCUGGGAGGGACCCCAGGAGAAGCUCUGGAUCAACAAGCUGCGCGCAGAGUCAGUCUCCCUCUACAGCUGUGUGACUGUCAUCUCAAUAAGAAAACUGGACCUUGGACUUUUUUUUGAAGCUUUUAAACAUCUCUGUUUCACCUCUGGGCGAACCAAACUGGACUUUGAGGAGGAUGAAGACAAAAGAGGGACCCCCUCCUCGGCCACCCACCCUUUUGAACUUCUCCCACAUGCUUUCUCCCCUUCCCCUUUUUCCCUGUUCAUCGCUUUAAAAUAAAUAAAAUGCCAGCAGAUUAAGCGGAGCAGCACAGCACUGCUUUUCUCCAUUUUAAAACCUCCCAGCUCUGAUAUGACCCCCCACCAAAGAAAAUCUGCAUCCAAAAAGGAUCAAAACUGUCCUGUUUAAAUCAUGACAAGCACCAGCGGGGCUCUCUGCGCUCCGCCAUUUUGGAUCUGCCAGUCUCAGUUGCUGGCAGAGUCAUUGACACCAAAGGCACUUCAGCCACACAGUGCGGCCAUUGUCUGCCCCACGGCUCCCCACUAGGCCAAACCACUUGGUCUGAACCACUGACUGCCUAGGCUGGCUGACUGUACGCAUCACAUGCUCCAGCAUCUGAUAAUAAACAGGAAGUAAUAUGCAGGGCGUAAAUCCACUGUUGGAUUGCAGAUUUAGAAUGUAUUAUGUUCUUUAUCAUUUUCAUAACGCAGAAUGGAGUACUGUACGCUUUUUUUUCCCUCCCCUGCCAGUGUAAAAAUGCGCAGCAUAGCCUAGGUGCGAUUGCAUCUAUGUAAAUUAAGCAAGGGUGGUGCAAGCAUACACACACGCUCACAUUCACACACACAAUGUCCCUCAAACACAUGCAGUCACUCUUAUUGUUAUAAGACAGUGGAGCACUGUUCACAUUCUCAUGCCCGCACACUCGCUGUGACCAGUUUAGAGCCUGGUACAGUGGCAUCAACGACAGGCAAGGUUACAUCUGAAACACAUGCCGUAAGCUUUGCCUUGAUGAAGAACAGGAAGGAUUUACAGCAUCAUAUAUGACUGCUAUAGUGUUUGUUUAAGCUAACAUGUUUUUAUUAACAGUGACCACGAUUUAAAGGCAAAAUGGUAUUUAGUCGUCUUUACAGUGUAACUUAAAUCAGCAACAUUUUGGUGCCUGAAAAUGUUCUCCAAUGUACUGAAGAACAUUUUAACAUAAGAUGCCAUAUUCUUAAUGCCAAAGGUAUAAAAUGGGUGACUGUGCAAUGGUGAUUUCUGUAGAUUUAGCAUAGGCCUUCCUCAUUGAAAUGCUGUCUCCAUGAAAUGGAGAAAGUUGGGCCUGUUCAUUGGGUUACUUUGUGGUUUUACUGCUUCUGUUCUUGUGGCCAGAAGAUACGAACAACAUCUAAUUCUUUUAAUAGAAAUAAUUUAAUCUAAUUUAACAUUAGAGUUUGGAAAAUCUUGCUAAAAUUGAGAUUCCUUGGGAGUGUAUUUAUGUUCCCAGGGUCCUAUAUUUGGCAAUUCCAUAUUAUUUUAACUCAUGUCAGCCCUCCUGUUCUGUUUGGGCUUAACCCACAUCAUGUUAAGUACAUUUGGGAUCCCAUUAUAUUCUGGGAAGCUGAUGAACAAAGAACUCUGGGAACAUAGUAUGACCCUGUUUUCUUUAUCCUGAAUUUUAAAGGUACAUUGUCUACAGUAAGACUGAAAAUGGGAGAAAAUCUAGACUCAGUGUGCCUAAAAACACUGACAGCACAGCUAAGCUUUAUAUUGUAUGUGCUCAUGCAUUCAUGCAGGAAUUUCCUAAACUGGGAAGUCAAAGAAGACGUGCUGUAUUUUCUUGCUAAGGGUAUUAAAAUAUGUUCCAAUAUAAUACCAACAGCAACAACAAUGCUUUUCCUGACCUUUUACAAGGGUUACUGCUAAUAAGUAACUUUUCUAUCUAAUUUGGGUCAUUAUGUGGGUAGAAAGAUGUUAGUUGAUAGGGGCAAAAAUGCAAGUUAUGAAACUGCACCAUUAAUCAAAAUGUUCCUACCAUCAACCAAAUAUUUUCCUUUAUUGGCCAUGUUUUACUUCUGUUUUUUUUUUUCUGCUGUUAGCUCAGUAACAGCUAAAAUAAAAAUUUAAGCCAUCUCAAUACUGAGAUAGCACUGUUAAGGUUAAUUUGUUGCUGGCCUUGCUAGUUAAGCAUUUUGAGAAUUCACUUUCAACCAGCUGGUUGAAAGUGUUCUUUUUCUUUACAGCAACUGUCGGGUGAUUAGCUUAACUUAGCAUAAAGACUGUAAAUUAAGGGAAGUAGCGAGCAUAGCUUUGUCUGCAGGUGCAACUAUUGCUAAAGGUAGGCUUCAGGUGUCAGAUGUUUUGAUAAAACAAAGGAACAAGUAAUAUUGCAUUAAUAUGGUGGCUUACUGUUUCCCUUUGUUUUCAGUCCUUGGGCUAAGGUCAGCUACCUGCUGCUAGUUAUAGCUUUGUAUUCAAUAAGGAUGUUUGUGGUGACUAAUUUACUAGUUGUUUAAACAAGAGAAAUAUAUUGGCUAAAAAAAUGUUUUGUGUGUACUCUAGGAGCUAUUGGAAACCACUAAUCAUGUUCAGCAUUAAUCAGAUCAUGUUUUAAAUGUCUCUGAAAUGUGUGGAGAGUUACUCUGUGUAUAAACUUUUAAAAAAAAAACACACAAUGUCAGAUUAGUUUACAGAGUCUGGCUAAUUCCUGCAGUGCUAUCAGCAGUAGCCUUGGUUUCUUCCAGGCUGGCAUCCACACCCUGGUGGCGAAUAUGGUUAAACAUCACUUAACAUUGGUUAAACAAAUACUUUAGGAAUCUGUCAAAAAUGUGUUUAAAAGUAGAAAAUAUAUUGUUAUUUAGGAGGCAAAUAACAAACUGAAUUCACAUUUUUAUCCCUAAAUUUGAGAAGGCACACUGGACUUCUCUGAGAAGUCAGAAAUUAAGCAAGCAUAACAUCCAGCCACCACUAAAAUUCAUUUUUCCUUUCAGAAAUACAAGUAAAUGACUAUAAUUUAGCACCUUAAAAAAAAAGUGUUAUUCUAUUUUUGUGCUUUUUCUGUAAAACAGUAAAUUUGAAAAUGGAUAACAACAAUAAUUAUAUUUCACAAAAAAAAAAAAAUACUAAUUUUGAUUACUGAUGGACUGGUUAGGGCAGCUGUGGCAUAAACCUCACAUUGGGUGGUAUUUUAUUAUUUUUAUUUAUUUAUUCUUUUUUUUUAAACAUCAAAGCAUUACAGAACUAUGGUUUUACUUUCCAACUUCACAGAAGUUGUGCAUAGAGGGAUGCAGCCAUCCAUCCGAGCUGCAGUCCCAGGUAGUGGCCAGUUGCGUCGUAACAUCUUUGAACCAGUAACUACUGUUUAACAUUGAUAAAAUAAGAAUAAUACGUUUAACCAACUAGUAUUUCUGGCACAGCAACAUAUAGUCAACCAGUUUUGCAGAUCCCUGGUAUUUAACAUACAUGCUUGAGAAAUCAAGUUAAUCAUCUUAUCUAAUUUGCAGCAUUAAGUUUCUUCUCUACAAUCCCACAUUUUCCCUCUAAGAUAUCAAACCUCAAAACUAACAGAACGAGAGAUAAAACUAACUUCCACUUCCUGUACUGCUCUGUGGUGACUUGUUGCUAGAGGGCCCAUGAACAGAAAUGCUGUCACAGUGCUGACUUGUGUUCUCACUCUCUGAACAUGAAAUGAAUUAUAAGGAAACAUCCAAAAAAGAUGUACAAGAUAUGCAGAACUCAACAUUUUAUCUUAUGGUGCGGCCCCGAAAAGGUUUCAGGAUUUCACAGUGUUGUUCAUGUUUUAUGGCAGCAAGUAUGCAGGGCAGUAAAACCAACAAGCAUGCAUUCAGUGGUUUGACUGGUUAGCAUGUGUAUCAAACAAUACUGUGCUUAAGGUACAAUAUGAAACCGGCAGGUAUCGAAAACCGGCAGCAGCGGGAGGUCAAGCUCAUGUCUGCAGACAGCAGCAGCAGCAGCAGCAGCGGUUUGUUACUGUUAUCAGAUUUAGCACGUUUCAUAUCUGCAUCCAAAUUCAAAAAUUGCAAAUGGCUAUUGAGCUGUUUCUGAAUCAAUAUGUAAUUUGUUGGCUCGGAGAAGUCUGUACACUUCAUAGCCUUUAGCUGUUUGGUACAUUGCAUUAUAUUGGAAGCAAUGUAAUGAACACCAUCUUUCAUUCCUGCUGCAGCAUAAAUUGUCAUAUGCAGAAUCUCUCACUUUUGUAUGUCAGUAUUAAUGUAUAGAAACUUUUCUCUUUUUCUUUUUGUAUGGAACACUUUGCCUGAUGUUUACAUUUUUGGAAGCAACGUGGAAUGUUUGACAUGCAUGUUAUGCUUA